GUGUUCCAUUGUGCUGCACUAUUUUUGAAGCAAUUUAGUCAAUUUUUGUGUAGAGCAUCCAAUUAAAUGGUAGAUAUACAAAUAUCCUUAAUCAACCAAUCAGAUUGAAAAUUUAUAUUUAAAAAUAGCGCUAAGGUUUUCAAUUUAAAAUAUUAAUUAUAAUGGCUCCAUCAAAAUCUCCAAAAGCUGAAGCAAAAAAGACUGUUAAGACAGUGAAGACUAAGAAAUCAACUGAUGACAAAAAGAAGGCAAGAAGAAGAUAAGAAACAUUUGCCUUAUACAUUUACAAAGUAUUGAGAUAAGUGCAUCCAGAAAUUGGUGUUUCAAGAAAAGCCAUGAACAUUAUGAAUUCAUUCAUUAAUGAUAUUUUUGAUAGAAUUGCUCUUGAAGCUAGCAAAUUAGUCAGAUUCAAUAAAAGAAGAACUCUUAGCUCAAGGGAAAUUUAAACUGCUGUUAAAUUAUUACUCCCAGGAGAAUUGGCCAGACAUGCUAUUUCUGAAGGAACAAAAGCUGUUACCAAAUAUACAAGUGGUUGAUUAUAUAUGUUUAAUUAAGUUCAAAAAAAAAAUAAAUCGGG